AACUCGAACAAGGUAAAUUAAGCACGAACAUGAUUCGGCUCUCAGAACAAGGGAAAAAAAAAAUGGCGGCCAAUUUCUGGACUUCUUCUCACUUCAAGCAGCUUUUGGAUCCAGAAGAGGUGGAUGUCGUACAUCAACAAGAUAAAGAUAAAGGCAUCACUCUUGAAGAAUUUAAGCUCAUUAAGAUGCAUAUGGUGAAUUAUAUAUUGAAACUAGCUCAACAUGCUAAAGUGAGGCAAAGGGUUGUUGCAACUGCAGUUACAUAUAUGAGACGUGUCUAUACCAGAAAGAGUAUGACUGAAUAUGACCCACGUCUUGUUGCUCCUACUUGCUUAUAUUUGGCCUCCAAGGCAGAAGAAAGCACAGUGCAGGCUAGACUUCUUGUAUUUUACAACAAAAAAUUAUAUUCUGAUGAAAAGUAUAGAUAUGAAAUCAAAGAUAUACUUGAAAUGGAAAUGAAGAUUUUAGAAGCACUUAACUAUUAUUUAGUCGUAUUUCAUCCUUACCGCACAUUAUCUCAGCUGUUGCAGGAUGCUGGCAUGAAUGAUAUGAGUAUGACUCAAUUAUCUUGGGGACUUGUAAAUGACACAUACAAGAUGGACCUUAUUCUUAUACAUCCGCCAUAUUUGAUUGCCUUAGCUUGCAUGUACAUUGCUAGUGUAUACAGAGAGAAAGAUAUCACCACUUGGUUUGAAGAACUUCGCGUUGAUAUGAAUGUGGUGAAAAACAUCUCGAUGGAGAUUUUAGACUUCUAUGAGAACAACAAAAUGAUUGCUGAUGAACGAAUAAGUACUGCUUUCAGCAAACUUGCUCAUAAGCCUUAGAUGAUUGAGUGAGACCGCCAGCUGAAAAAUACCGGCACACACCAUUGCAUGACUUGAUAUUAUUUUCUUGUCGGUUGCAAGCAAGGUAACAGGUAACAUGGUGAAGGCAGAAGUGAAAGUUUCCAACUGUAUGAUACCAUAAUGGUGCCAUUAAAAAAGUUUGCAGAAUAUAAUUACAGUUAAUCUCCAAUUACUUUUGAGAUUUUUUUAACAUAAUUCAAAUAUUUCGUCUGUUUAAUGAAUGCUUGUUGUACCCUAUAAAUACAUCCAAAUAAAUUAACCACAAGCCGGUCCCAAGAAGCAGCAAAU